AUGUCCUCUACGACGUCGUCGCGGGGGCAGCCGCGCCACGAGCUGCUCAAGGAAGAGCCGAUGAUCUCCUUUGAAGUGGGACUCGACGAGGCGAUCGAGCUGCCGUGCGACGUGGGCACCGUCGCACCGACAGGCGCCGCGCUGAGCUCACUACAUUGGCGUAAACAGACCGUAACGCCGGUUGCAAGGACCACUCCAGAGGACAUGACGACGCAGAGUGGUAGCAGCACCGCGAGCCUCAGAGCCGCCGUGUGCGGCAACGGCAUGGGGCUCCCCAACACUACCAUGACCACUGGCGGCGUCACCUCUCCCGUCGCCACGUCGGCCAACACAGCUGCCACGACCUACAUGGCGGCGGCGCCGUCGCGAAAGGUAACGUGGAAAGACACCAGUGCGUCUCAGCGGCGUGCAGAGGCGCAGGCAAGCCGCGAAGAUGAUUUCAACCCGAUGGUACUAUGCCCGCUUCAGAACCUGGGCAACACGUGCUACUUCAACGCGGGUGUGCAGCUGCUCGUGAAUUGCCCUGCUCUCGUCUACGCAGUUCGUAACUCACCGUUUGCGCGGAGGAUGCAAAGCCACUCGGCCUUCAACGUCUACAACGUAUCAGUACCGGUGGCGACGGUGGCUGCAGCGGCAACGGCGAAGCUGUACCCGAAAGGGGGUGUCGCCACCCACGCACUCUUCCAGGAGUUUGCUGCCCUGCUCGCCCGCAUGGAGGUGGGAUGCUCAGCCGGUGAGAGGGCGAUCUCGCCCAUCCGUGCGCUCGACUCCCUCGCCAGCGUGCAUCCGCAGUUUGAGGGUAGAAGCCAGCAAGAUGCAUCAGAGAUGAUGACGUCGCUGCUGACCAGCUUGGAGGAGGAAGGCGGCCAGUACGUCGAGCUGGCUCAGCUCCUGCAGUCGUUUGAAGAGGACGCCGCGGCACUGCAGCAGGACGCGCCAGCAGCGAGGUUUGUCACGACUGUCAACCCGCCUUUUUCGGGAGCUGGGCCCUCAUCUCCCUCAGAGCAGCACCAGCGCUACUACAGCGAUCCCUACAGUGUCGAUGAGUACCCCCUGUCGUCGCGGCACCCCUCUAGAACAGACGCCAUCCUCCCGGGUCCGCGCAGCGCGCACUUCCUCGCUGUUUUGCGACUGAUGGAGCAGGUGAAUCGUGAGAAUGAGGUACUUGAGCAGCGUGUGAAGCACCGGCAAGGCAAGCCCUACACUGGCUCUUUCAAGCCGCCGCGACUACACUUCAACCCGCUGCUGGACAGUUUCCGGGGGUACACACUAUCGCAGGUGGAGUGCCACAACUGCCGCGCAGUGUCGCGCGUGGUGAGCGCCUUCAACGGGUUGAUGCUGGAUGUGCCGACAGCAAAGCAGCGACGGCGCUAUGCGAUGGCUCACCCGAACGUGCCGCGCCGCGCUGACUGGGAGGAGCAACUGCAGCACGUGAAGAAGCCCUUUCGUCUGAGCUGGUGGAAUCCCUUCUCCCUGUGCGCGGCGGCGUGGCAGCACCUGAAGCGGCUCCUCCAGGACCCGUUCCCGCUCCCGCUGUGGCUGGACGAGUGCCUCGAUAUUCAUUUCGAGCCGGAGUUGCUGCGCGGGUGUAACAAGUACCGCUGCGAGACCUGCGGCACCACCAGCGAAGCCACCAAGUCGGAAACACUCCUGGCCCUACCCGAAUACUUGCUCAUCCACAUGAAGCGCUUCGAAGUCGGCCGCUUCUUCAACAGCAAGAAGACGGACUCGGUUUUUUUCCCUGCCUCAUGGCGGUCUCUGACGGAAGCGCAGGCAGCGGCGUUGCUCAACGGGAGAAGCGAGACGCGGUCACCGCUGCCGGAGUACCUCGACCUGCGGCGCUACCUGCACAGCAGCGUCGCACCGUUCGCUGAGCCCAUCCCACCCUGCCUGUUGAACACCGUUACCGAGCCCUACCAACAGCAGCACGCGAGCGAAAGCCGUACCAGAAGCCCCACCAGCUCCAUCGCAACCACCUACACGCUAGACGGCAUUGUCAACCACCACGGCGGCUACGACAGCGGCCAUUACACCGUCUUCCUCUACAAAGCGACGGAGGAGCGGCAGGCGUGGGUGUACAUUAGCGACGAUGAGGUUGUGCAGGCGGAGGAUGUGGUGGCGACAGACACCGAGUACGUCCUGUUAUACCGCCGUCAACCCCUCGUGCAGGUGGCACCAGAGUCGGACGAGGCGGAACAGCUGCGCCGAAAGGCGUGCUACUACCUCUCUUCCUCCUCCUCUCCCUACCUUACCGCCUACGCAGCAGCAAACGUGGCAAGCCCAGCGAUCAGCAAGUCACAUAGCACGACCUCCGCCUCUUCCUACUUGACGGACUCCGCGGCUGGCGGGCUACCUUCCGCGACAGCAGUGGCGACCGCCCCGUGGGUGUACAUCUCGCGCAUGUGGCUUCAGCGCGUCGCCUUCAUGCAUGACCCGGGCCCGAUUGUGAAUCGUCUGUGCUACUGCCGCCCAGAGGAUCAGGGGCGGGUGAGCAUGUAUCAGACCAUCUUUCCAGCGACAGUGAAGGUGCCGGCGGAGGUGCCCCACGUCCACGGCCCGCCGGUGGACUGGUUCUACGUGCCCAUCACAGAGAAGGACUACGCCAUUUUCUACAACGCGUUUGGCGGCAACGUAGCCGUAACGGCCAACGAAUACGAGACCCUGCGCGCGAUGCAGGAGAAGUUCUGCGCUGACAUCGACGCAGCGGAGCGGCAGCGAAGCGGCGCAGCUCGCCGUGCUUCCCAGCGCUGA